AUGGCAAUCCAUCCUCUUCUUGAUCUUACUCCCGCUGAAGUGAAGCAUGCGGCUGCUCUCGUGCGUCAGCUCCACAGAGGUCAGCAGUUGACAUUCAAAGCCAUUACUCUGGAGGAGCCUCCCAAAGAACUCGUCAUUCAAUAUUUCAAAGCCCAGGAAAAUGGCACGGCCCUUCCAUACAUUCCCAGGGUGGCUUUUGCGGCAUAUUACUUCAAGGGAACGGAACAUUUCAUCACGACUUUUGCCAAUCUGACUGAAAGUAUCAUUGAGAAGACUGAGCGCAUGAGUCCAAAGUACCACGGAAAUGUUGACUUCGAAGAAGUCGGGAAAAUCGAAGAAAUGGUGAUGAAAAACCCGGAUGUGCUUGCCGAAGUCGCCAGGCUGCAACUCCCCGAUCACCUCACAGCCAUUGCUGAGGCGUGGGGGUUUGGAUCAGAUGGCGUUGAUGACUACCGACGCCAGUAUCAGAUCUAUAUGUUCGUUGGCGAGAAGAAGAAUCCUGACAGUAACCAUUAUGCUCGACCAUUAGCUUUCUCCCCCGUCGUGGAUGCUACUCGCAUGGAGGUCACACACAUCGACUACAUCCCCACUGGAUCGGGCGUCAAGGCCAGCGAAACUCAACCUUGGCGAUAUGUCGAGCCUAAUGAGUAUGUACCUGAAGAAGUGCAACUCCGGAAAGACCUCAAGCCGCUUCGUGUUCUUCAACCGGAGGGGACCUCUUAUUCCAUCAACUCUGAGAAAGUCCUGCAGUGGCAGAAAUGGCAGUUCAGAAUUUGCUUCAACUACCGGGAGGGUCUUCUGCUGCGUGAUGUGAGAUAUGAUGGCCGUCCAGUCUUCUACCGUAUCAGCUUGAGCGAAAUGACUGUGCCCUACGCCGAUCCCCGCAGCCCCUACCAUCGCAAGCAAGCCUUUGACCUGGGGGAUGUGGGUGCAGGUCUCGUUGCAAACAAUCUUUCACUGGGUUGUGACUGCCUGGGCUCAAUUACUUAUCUUGAUGGCCUUGUCGCUGAUCCUGCCGGUGAGCCACUCAUGAAGAAGAAUGCUAUCUGUAUCCAUGAGCAAGACAACGGUAUCGGGUGGAAGCACUCCAACUAUCGUACUGAACGCGCUUGUGUCGUUCGCAAUAGACAGCUCGUCGUCCAGCAGAUCUUGACGGUAUCCAACUAUGAAUAUAUCCUGGCAUUCGUCUUCAACCAGGCAGGAGAGCUCCAUUAUGAAGUCCGGGCGACCGGAAUUCUGUCAACUGCUGCCAUUGACCCUGAUGUCUCCGUUCCAUGGGGCACAGUUGUGCAUAACGGUGUUCUCGCACAGCACCACCAGCAUCUGCUCUCUCUGCGUAUCGAUCCAGCCAUCGGAGACUACGAAACUGGGAACCAACUUGCCUACUCCGAGUGCUAUCCAAUGCCCAUGGAUGAUUUCAACCCCCAUGGAAAUGGCUAUAUCUCCAAAACAACUGUCGUGGAGAAACCCGGUGGCCUGGACUUGGACCCCUCGAAAAGCCGCGUCUUCAUGAUGCAGAACAACCAGAUUCGCAAUCCCGUCAACCACAAGCCUAUCUCUUACAAGAUCCAGGUUCCGCCCAUGCAGAAAAUCAUGGCUCAUCCCGACAGCUAUCACUUCAAGCGUGCGGAGUUUGGUGACCACAGCAUUUACCUAACCAAGUACAAGCAUGAUGAACUGUUCUGCGGCGGAAAAUAUACCAAUCAGAGCCGCGGUGGUGAUGGUAUCAAGAGCUGGGCAGCUCGAGAUGACAAGGUUGUCGAUGACGAUAUCGUCGUCUGGGUCCAGUUUGGCAUGAACCACGUCCCCAGAAUUGAAGAUUUUCCCGUCAUGCCUGUCGAAAUCCUCAACGUUGCGCUCAAGCCUGUCAACUUCUUCACGCAGAAUCCUUCGAUCGAUGUACCUCCUUCGCGACAGGAGACCAACCAAUCCCAGCUGGUUUCUCUUGAGGCAACAGCUAGGUGCUGCAAUGAGUCAAGCUCAAAGCUUUAA